GGGCGGUGUUCCGUCGCCCCAAGUGACUCCUGAAAGGGCGGGUCUGGGGCUGGACGGAAGGAGCUUCGAGUGCUCCCAGCCACUAGCGGUUGGGGGGCGUGGCGCCGUAGCCGCGCGGCGGCCGUCGGGAGGCCAGGCUGAGUUGCCCGAGGAACGGUUCGCUGGGGUCGGCGUCAGCCUCCGCGGUCCGUUUCCUGGAGCUGCGACCGAGGCCAUGAAUCAGAGUGAAAGAUUCGUUUUCAUUGCAGAGUGGUAUGAUCCAAAUGCUUCACUUCUUCGACGCUAUGAGCUUCUGUUUUACCCCGGGGAUGGAUCUGUUGAAAUGCAUGAUGUGAAGACUCGUUGCACCUUUUUAAAGCGGACCAAAUACGAUGGCCUUCACUUGGAAGAUUUAUUUAUAGGCAACAAAGUGAAUGUCUUUUCUCGACAGCUGGUGCUGAUUGACUACGGGGAUCAGUACACAGCUCGCCAGUUGGGCAGUAGGAAAGAAAAAACAUUAGCCCUGAUUAAGCCAGAUGCAAUAUCAAAAGCUGGGGAAAUCAUUGAAAUAAUAAACAAAGCUGGAUUUACUAUAACCAAGCUCAAAAUGAUGAUGCUUUCAAGGAAAGAAGCAACAGAUUUUCACGUAGACCAUCAGUCGAAGCCCUUUUUAAAUGAGCUGAUACAGUGUAUCACGACCGGUCCUGUUAUUGCCAUGGAGAUCUUAAGAGAUGAUGCUGUAUGUGAAUGGAAAAGACUGCUUGGACCUGCGAACUCCGGGGCGGCGCAGACAGAUGCUCCUGGGAGCGUGAGAGCUCUCUUUGGGACGGACGGCAUCCGAAACGCAGCGCACGGCCCUGAUUCUGUCGCUAGUGCUGCCCGAGAAAUGGAGUUAUUUUUUCCUUCAAGUGGAGUUUGUGGUCCCGCAAACACCGCUAAAUUUACCAACUGUACCUGUUGCAUUAUUAAGCCCCAUGCCAUCAGUGAAGGACUGCUGGGAAAGAUCCUGAUGGCUAUCCGAGAUGCAGGUUUUGAAAUCUCAGCUAUGCAGAUGUUCAACAUGGAUCGGGUUAAUGUGGAGGAGUUUUACGAAGUGUAUAAAGGAGUCGUGUCUGAGUAUAAUGAGAUGGUGACAGAAAUGUACUCCGGCCCUUGCAUAGCAAUGGAGAUUCAACAAAAUAAUUGUACUAAGACGUUUCGAGAAUUCUGUGGACCUGCUGAUCCCACACCUAACUUUGAGGAGCAAAUGCAGUUUUCCCCAUAAACUCAAAUUCUGCGGAUAUCACAUUUCAGGGUUAAGAAUUACGCAUAUACUUACUGUAAAUCCUAUAAAAUCUUUCCUUCCCUUUUUUGAUGGGAUUCAAAAGUGGGCCAUGAAGAACUACCAACAAGCAGUGAAUCAGAGGCUCUGAUGGCAGCCAGGAAACCCCGCCUCCUUAUCGCAGAGGGCACUGUCGAUGCCCCUCAGCUCCCCACACACAGCUCCUUCAGGUUAAUCUGGGGAGAAAUGCAUGCUUCCAAUUCGAUUGCUAGUAUUAAAGUAUCCACUUUUUUCUGGUAUUUUGGUAGAAACAGUUCAUUUGCUGCUUUCCUGGGAAGCGUUAAGUGCCAGAUGUUAUUUGGUGUGAGUCCACCUGGCUGACGCUUUUUAUGUCGCCCGUCUCCCCAGCCCCACAUCGAUGUCAAGCGUCUUUGUGGAAUCAGGCAAACUAAAAUUGCAGCCACCUCUGUUCUGUAAGUAGAGAAAUGAAUCAUUUUUAAUACAACUUUUAUUGUUUUCCUUCCAAUUAUUGAAGUACUUUAUGUUUGUUAUGCCCACCCCCAACAAACCAAACAAAGGAAAAUGUGGAAAAGAACCAAGACCCAGCUAUACAAAAAUUUUAAAAAACGAUUGUUUUUCUACUUCC